GAAACCCCGCAGCCACAACCCAACAAAACAACUUUACGAUGGUGGGGUGCCCAUUGCUUUAAAGUCCAGCACCAAAACAUAGAAAUAGCAAUUAAAUUUCAGAAGACAAAUAAAUGUGGACGAAAGAGUUUCAUGCAUCAUAAAAAGUAAAUAAACAAAAAGAAUAUAUGACUGGACUUGCUUUUUACAAACAAGCAAUGAUAGAUAAGAUACCCUCUUUUCUUGUUAAAUAGUAACUAGUUGAUGCAUUCCAAACAUCAAAUCUCUUUUGUAGAUCCACUCUCUUAAGAGUCUAAAAUCAUCAGCUUCCAUUUCUCCUUCAAAACUAUGUGCUGAGUAUGAAUAUUUGUUGAAACAGCCAGCAUUGCCUCUAAACUUAUAACAGUACCCCUUGUAAAGUUGAAGGUGAAUUCAGAUUCGAGAUAUUAAAUUGAAACGGUUUGGUCUUCUUCCUGAGUAGAUGCAUGAGCAAGCACACAUGACCAAGAAGAUUGGAAGACUGGUUCUAUUCUUUUUUGUUAUGAACAUUAUCAUUUUGCUGCUGGUUCCUCCUUCCCAUACUGUUUCAAGUGGUGUUAGUGCUUCUACAGGAACUAUGAAAGAAGGACAAGAAGCAGAGGCCCUUCUCAAAUGGAAGGACAGCCUUGAUAUUGAUCCAACUCAUUCUCUUCUCUCCUCAUGGAAACUGCUUCCUCCUCGCAAUUCCACCUCACCUUUAACCAAUUCUUCUCAUCUCCCCAAAAACAGCAGCAGCAGCAGCAGCUUGUGCAAUUGGAUUGGGAUCAUUUGUAAUCAAUUGGGAAGUGUCAUGCAGAUUAACCUUACAAGCAGUAAUCUGAGAGGUACACUCCGAAACUUCACUUUUUCAUCCUUUCCCAACUUAUACACUUUUGUGCUGUAUAACAACUCGCUGUAUGGAAAUAUCCCUUCCCACAUCAGUAACCUUUCGAGACUCACCUACCUUGACUUGGGUAGGAAUCAUCUCACUGGAAAUAUUCCACCCCAAAUAGGCCUUCUAACAGGUCUGCAAUACCUUUAUUUGGGUAGGAAUCAUUUCAAUGGCUCUAUACCACAUGAAAUAGGCAUGAUGGAGUCUCUUGAGAAGUUCUAUGCUCGUUACAACGAUCUUUCAGGUUCAAUCCCAGCAUCCAUUGGAAACUUGAGCAAGUUAAUCACUUUAAGCCUUGGUAGAAAUAGCAUUUCUGGAUCCAUCCCUCAUGAAAUAGGACAACUUAAAUCUAUCAGAGCGCUUAAUUUAUAUUUCAACAAUCUUACUGGCUCAAUCCCUGCAUCCAUUGGAAAACUCGUCUCCCUCACCAACUUAAGUUUGUUCGGCAACAACAUCACAGGCUCUAUUCCUCUGGAAAUGAACAAUCUUACAAAUCUAGAAUAUUUCCAAAUAUUUGAUAACUUGUUGUCUGGCUAUCUUCCAGAAAAUAUUUGUCUUGGUGGGAGGCUUAUGUGGUUUAUAGCAUCUUAUAAUAACUUUAGAGGUUCAAUUCCAAAAAGCAUAAAAAAUUGCAGUACUUUAGUUGCAGUUUCACUUGCAGAGAAUCAACUAACAGGAAAUAUAUCAGAAGAGCUUGGGGUAUACCCAGACUUGGAUUAUAUGGAUUUAAGCAAGAACAAGUUUGUUGGUUCUCUUACUGGAAACUGGGGACAAUGUAGCAAACUCACAAUGCUAAGCAUCUCCAACAAUAAAAUUUCAGGUAGGCUGCUUCCUGAACUUGGAAAAGCUACUCAAUUGCAUGCACUUGACCUGUCCUCCAAUCUUCUAGCAGGGAAAAUUCCCAAGGAAAUAGGAAGACUGAAAUUCUUAUAUGACCUCAAACUGAACAAUAACAGACUUUCAAGCGAAGUUCCUGCUGAAAUUGGAAUGUUAUCUGACCUUGAAAAGCUUGAACUUGCAGAAAACAAACUUAGUGGGCCAAUUCCCAUAGAUUUAGAACAUUGUUCAAAACUACUGCACAUUAACAUGAGAAAGAAUAGACUCAGUGGAGCAGUACCAUUUCAGAUGGGGAAUUUGCUCUCUCUGCAAAAUCUUGAUCUAGGUCAGAAUUUGCUAACAGGGGAGUUGCCUAUGGAGCUUCGAUAUUUGCACAAGUUAGAAACACUCAACCUCUCCCACAACAAGUUCUCUGGUACAAUUCCAUCCACAUUUAAAGAGAUGUUGAGUUUGACGUCUGUCGAUAUAUCCUACAAUCAAUUAGAAGGUCCUCUUCCGAGCAUCAAAGCUUUCAUUGUAGCCCCAACUGAAGCAUUCGAAAACAAUAAAGCCUUGUGUGGAAACAACACUGGUCUGGAAUCAUGCCCCAUACCCAGGAACAAAAAUAGCAAUGGGGUUGUAGCUCCAGUCGUCAUCUCUAUCUCCGGGACUCUAAUUCUAUUUUUCAUCAUUGUUGGGAUACUUUUUAUAUGCCAUAAGAGAGAGAAGAACAUGGAUGAGCCAGAAGAAGCACCACCUGAAAUUUUCUUCACAACAUGGAAUCAUGAUGGGAAAACGGUGUAUGAGGAAAUAAUUACAGCAACAGAGAACUUCAACUCCAAAUAUUGCAUUGGAAUGGGGGGAUAUGGGAUUGUGUACAAAGCACUACUAUCAACUGGUCAAAUUGUUGCUGUAAAAAAAUUCCAUGAGAAUGAGAGUAGAAUAGCCAGUCAGGAAGCUUUCACAAAUGAAAUCAGUGUAUUAACAAAAGCACGACACCGAAAUAUCAUUAAGCUGCAUGGAUUCUGUUCACAUGCAAGACAUUCAUUCUUAGUGUACGAGUUUAUGGAACAGGGAAGCUUAGAAAACAUACUCGGUGAUAAAGUGAAAGCAAUAGAGUUCGAAUGGUUUAAGAGAGUAAAUGUUGUCACAGGUUUAGCCAAUGCCUUAUCCUAUCUGCACCAUGAAUGCUCACCUGCAAUAAUUCAUAGAGACAUAUCAAGCAACAAUGUCUUGUUGGAUGCAGAAUAUGAAGCUCACCUAGCAGAUUUUGGCACGGCUAAAAUUAUGGUAGCUGAGCCAUCAUCUGACUGGAAUUCAUUUGCAGGGACCUUUGGAUAUGCAGCUCCAGAGCUUGCUUACACAAUGCGAGCAAAUGAGAAGUGUGACGUGUAUAGCUUUGGAGUUGUAGGAUUGGAAGUGAUUAUGGGAAAGGAUCCAGGGGAUCUCAUCUCAUCUCUUUCAUCAUCAUCAGCAUCAUCAUCCUCAUCAUCAUCACAGCCAAUUGUUCAUCAAAUUCUGCUCGGGGAUGUUUUGGAUCAACGAAUCUCACCUCCAAUGAAUCAAGUAGCAGAGAAAGUUUUCUCCAUUGCAAAGCUAGCAUUUGCCUGCCUGCAACAAAAUCCACAGGCUCGGCCAUCAAUGAAGGAAGUAUCUCAGAUAUUAUCAGCUAUGGUACCAUCCUCGUCACGAGUAAAAGAAUUUGGUCGUGGCUACAAUCAUUUUGAGAGAGAAUAUAUGUUAUCGUUUUGUAUAUAAUCAAUACCCUGCCUUUCCUUUACUGCUGUUAUUCUUUCAGACCAAACAAGUUUGAGGAAAAUCUCAUAUUUGUGGACGCUCUUGCAUCAAAAAAAUAAUAAUAAGCAUUGCUACAUUGUCCACUUUCA